CAACAGGAAGUAGUUUCUACACAAACUUCCGACAAGGAUGCGCGAAACCCUCGAAGAGAUUUCCCUUUAGUUGAUAUCCUUGUUGAUUUCCUUGAAAGACAGAAACACAGUGUAAACAGUCUAGAAACCCAGCGCCAGUCAUGUCAGAGACAUACGAUUUCCUGUUUAAGUUCCUUGUGAUAGGAAAUGCAGGGACUGGAAAAUCUUGUCUGCUUCACAAUUUUAUAGAAAAAAGAUUCAAAGAUGACUCGAAUCACACUAUCGGGGUUGAAUUUGGCUCAAAGGUAAUCAGUGUGGUCAAUAAAUCUGUCAAGCUCCAGAUCUGGGACACAGCAGGACAGGAGCGUUUCAGGUCUGUAACACGCAGCUACUACAGAGGGGCAGCAGGGGCUCUUCUCGUGUAUGACAUCACUAGUCGAGAAACAUACAACUCUCUGACCAACUGGCUGACCGAUGCCAGGAUGCUGGCCAGCCAGAACAUAGUGAUCAUACUGUGUGGAAAUAAGAAAGAUCUGGAUGCUGACCGUGAAGUCACCUUUCUGGAGGCCUCACGCUUCGCUCAAGAGAAUGAGCUCAUGUUUUUGGAGACCAGUGCUCUAACAGGGGAGAAUGUGGAGGAAGCUUUUGUCCAGUGUGCUCGGAAAAUCCUUAACAAGAUAGAGUCAGGAGAGCUGGACCCAGAGCGGAUGGGUUCAGGAAUCCAGUACGGAGAUGCAGCGUUGCGGCAGCUGCGUUCUCCCAGACGGGCUCAAGCAGAGAGCGUGCAGGAGUGUGGCUGUUAACACUGAUCCCAGUCAGCUGACCAACCAGCAGGGAGGAGCUCUCUUCAAGAAGAGGUGCUAUUUUUAUCACUGACACCCACCAAAUGCUGCUCAAGUUUGCCUCUGCACGCUUUACAAAUGAGUGACAGUGAUGCAGCACCAGCACACACACAUACAAAUGACCAAGUGUUUCACCUUCUCCAGGCCUUGUUGAGGACAAACAAGUCCUUCAAACCCCUUCACCCUCUUAUCAGUCAAAUGCCACAUGAGAAACAGUGUCAGGGGAAAGGAUAUAUUUAACUCCAGAUCCUCCAAAUGCUUUCCAGGGUUUCUGAGGGGCCUUAUUUGGAAUGCGAGCUAGAAAUAGCAAUCCGAGCUGAUUAGGAAGCAGCUCCUUCAGUUUGUAGACUAGAAGAAAGGGCUCUGAAAAGACUGCCUAUGUGAUCACCUGCACUUUUUCUGUGUCCUUUGGCCAAGGCAGGUAUUGUGAACAUGAGGAGGACAUCAGUGGGGAGUUUAACGUACGGCUCAUCAUGGUGGAGUGACUGUUUCCCUCACCUUACUUUUACUCCUGUUCUGACAUGCUGGGGGACCCCCUGUGCUCCAGAAGGCUCUGGAGAAUGUUUACUGCCCCCCUCGGGCUCAAGCCAAGACAUCCGUGGCACCCAAAACCCUGAGGGUAGAUAAAAGACCCGGCCCCUGUCCCUGAGAAUACUGCACUGAGCCCCUGUCCUGCCUUUCCCUCUUCCAUAUGUAGAUGUUGUGUAGAGAGUUUCUAUUAUCACCGUGGAGCAUGUUUCAUGGUUGCAGUGCUAUGUCAUAUUCAUAAAUGAUUAUAUAAAGCAUAUAUAUAGCUUGGGCAUACUGCCUCUGUAAAUCUUAUCAAUGGAGUUUAUCGUGCAUUAUCUUGCUAGCACAUUGUUUCCUUUUAUUUGAUUUUUUCUUUCCAUGUGUAUUAUAAAUUUUUUGGUUAGUAUGUUUUAGGAAAGGAUGCUAUGUUUGUUUAAAUUUAAGGGCCAGUGCACCCUUGCCUUCAUAACGCACUGGAAUACAUUGUCAGAAUGAACAGCUUCAAAAUCAGUGUUUCAUGCUCUAUAUUUAUUGUAAAGCAUUUUUGUGCUGCAGUCCCAUUUUAAGGCGUCUGUUGGAAUGGCACUAUUUAAACUGAUAUAUGGUUUCGAAAAGAUUUUUUCGUUUUUUUUUCUUUCGAGGAAAUGUAUUUUCUUAAUUUCCCUCAACUUGUCACCUGUACUUACAUUUAUAUAUUUUUAAGUGAACAUAUCUCAAAUAUGCUUGCACCGAAAAUUAAUGAUAAAUCAAUGUGACCC